UCGUAGCUCAUGGAGCAGUAGUACAGGAUGGCCGCCCGCCUCCCUUCUGCCAGUCUCUGCCGCUGUCUCCUUCUUCUCUCCCUCCUGGUGCUGUCCCGGACUGGGCUUUCUCGGGCCACUGCCUCAGUCCUCCGAGCCAAGGAUAGCAGGGAGGCAUCUGAAGGCACCAUUUCCUGGGAUGAAGACGUCCUGAAAUGGUGGGGAGAAUGGAGCUCCUGGUCCACAUGCUCACGAACCUGUGGAAGAGGGGUAAUGUCCCGGGAGCGACACUGCCUCCAGCAGAGGCUUCUCACAUCUCAGGGAACAAGCAAUGUCAUGUGUACAGGCCAGUCCAAGGACUACCAUCUUUGCCAUCAACAGCCUUGCCCAGCAAACUCAGACAGCUUUAAGCAACAGCAGUGUGCCUUUUUCAAUGGCAAAGCCUUUGGAAAACACCACUACCACUGGAUCCCUCUAUACCCAGAUGAUUACAUCAGCAUCUCCAAUAGACCAUGUGACCUCCAGUGUACCACCAAGAGUGGGGAGAGGCAGCUAAUGGUACAAGCACGAGAUGGGACCUCUUGCAAAGACCGGAUGUAUCAAGGAGUCUGCAUCAAUGGCCAGUGUGAGCCAGUUGGGUGUGAUGGUGGCCUCCACUCCUUCCAGACGAUGGACAGGUGCCGGGUUUGUGGCGGAGAUGGCAGUACAUGUUACCGAGUUUCAGGGAGCUUCCGAAAAGGGAUCUCACAGUUAGGUUACGUAUUUGUCACCAAUAUCCCUCUUGGUGCCACCGAUAUCCUUAUCAUCGAGCGCAGGAAGACGGAAAACAUCCUUGCACUGGCAGAUGAAGCUGGGCAUUUCUUCAUCAAUGGGAACUAUGCUGUGGACCCUCCUCAGAACUUCCGAGUGGCUGGAACUGUGUUUAAGUACCGGCGCCCACCUAGCUUGCACUCUGAAGGGCUGGAGUACAUCAUUGCCCAGGGCCCCACCAACCAGUCCUUGAAUGCCAUGUAUUAUAAUUUCAAUGGGAAGGUACCUCACAUAUCUUAUGACUUUACGGUGCCCAGGGUUCAGGUGCUAGCUCUCCGCACAGCCUCUCCAGCUCCAGCGCCUCCCCUUUCUCUCCAUGGCCCAGAUUCCUAUGGACAUCAGAACCAGGAUUUUGAUCCACUUGAGCCUGGGCCCACUGCUGACUUCAAUGCCACUUGGAUCUCUGCCAUCUCCCCAGGGAAGGUGGAUGGCCAGAUCUCACUGGGAGGAGACACCAGGAAGAUCAGUUUGGGCUACAGAAGCUUUGUCCAAAGGAAUACAGCUGCUGUUCAGCCUGCAGGUUGGGGCCAGUCCUUGGGAGACGGGGAAGAGAAGCUUCAUUUCCAGGUAGAACAAGCAUAUCCUACCACCAGGGGAGGAGAAGCAGAGAUGGCAACUAUUGGUGGAGAAGCAGACUUGGCCUUCCAAUGGAGUCAGAUUUCUACCAGCACUGCCAUUCCAUACCCCAUGACUGGUCUGGGGCUCCUGGAGAGGGGGCGGGCUGGAAUGACCCAAUUGCACAUCUUUCGGAAGCUAUGUCACCGGGACUCCCGGAGGUCUGCCUUCUGCCAAAAACUUCAGCAGCUUACUGCUCCAUUGCGUUGGAGAAGUCCAACCCUAGAGCCACUGAUCCAGUCAACCAAAGAAUGGCAGGAAGGACCAUCCCAAAUACCCACCUCUAAGGCCUUUCUAGAGGAUUUGCUAAAAGCCGAGGCAGUAGGCAAACAAGGAGAGGAGGAAGUGGUUUUUGUGAGCCCCACCCUGAUAGCUGCUGAACACAGCCCUGCAUCUGAUUCAGGCUUCCAGGUGGGCUUAGGCUCUGAACUUCAGGCAGAACCCCUCCAGUCCCCUGGCAUGGAGAGCAAUGAUUUUAACGUGAAUCCUCCUGGUCAUGAUGACAUCAGCCGGGCUGAUAUGUAUCGCUGGAAGGUCUCUGCUCAGGCCCCCUGCAGCUCCACCUGUACCUCUGCAGGUAUCAGUGCCUCCUAUGCCAUGUGUGUGCGUUACGAUGGAGUGGAGGUGGAGGAGGCCUACUGUGAUGCUGUGACCCGUCCAGAGCCUGCCUAUGAGCUCUGCACAGGGAGGGAUUGCCAACCCAGGUGGGAGACAAGCCGAUGGAGCGAGUGUUCGAGGACUUGCGGGGAGGGGCAUCAGGCCCGCACAGUCAGGUGCUGGAGGAUGCUGGCUCCUGGCUUUGACAGCUCAGUCUAUGAUGAGUUAUGUGUGGCAGCUGGGCUGGCAAGGCCUGUGGAAAAGAAGGCGUGCAGGAACAAGGCCUGUGGCCCCCAGUGGGAACUGUCGGAGUGGUCUGAGUGUUCAGCUCGAUGUGGUGGGCAGGGGACCAUGAGGAGAGAGGUGCGCUGCUCUGUGGGGUUGUCGCUGUGUAAUGAGACCACGAGACCAGUCAGUGAGAAGGAGUGCCUGGGUCCACCCUGUGACCGGCAGUGGACUGCUUCUGACUGGGGACCGUGCUCAGGUGCCUGUGGUGAGGGACGGAUGAGCCGAAUCAUCUCAUGUCGAAAUUUGGAGGGGAAGGUGAUCUCAGGUUCCCAGUGUGACUUGGCCACAAAGCCCCUUGCUGUUUACCCCUGUGGGGGCUGGAACUGUCCUGCCCACUGGGUGGAACAAGGGUGGGAACAGUGCAAUGCCAGCUGUGGCCGAGGGGUAAAGGUCCGGAAGGUGCUGUGUGCAGGAUUAGAGAAUGGAGUAUACCAUGAGUACCCCGAAGGGCACUGUGAUGCUUCCCAGAAACCUGAGGUACAGGCCCCUUGUUUCAAGAGACCCUGUUCCAUCUGGUUCACCACCGCUUGGUCUCAGUGCAGUAAGACUUGUGGUGUGGGGCUGAAACUACGAGAGGUCAAAUGUUACCAAGGAGAGGAGUUGGGCCAGGGAUGUGACCCGAAUUCCAAGCCUGAGGCCAAGCAGACAUGCCAGGUCCAGCUAUGUCCUACGGAGGUGCCAGAUGAAGACUGUGAGGACAAGGCCACAGCCAACUGUGCCCUGGUGCUGAAGGUGAAGCUGUGCACACACUGGUACUACCGAAAGGCCUGUUGUGGUGCCUGCCGGGGGAAAGCUCUCUGACUGGCCAGAGGGCUGGGCUGUGACCUGUUUCUCGACAGCUGGUGGGUGUGAAAGAAAGGAUUCUCCUUGCAGCCUUUCCCACAAAAAGCAAACCUGUUUCUCUAGGAUCAUAACGCAUAGAUUUAGAGUGGAAGGGACCUUAGAGGCCAACUCCCCAUUUUACAGAUGAGGAAACUGAGGCACAUAGCAGUGAAGUGACUUGCCCAGGGGAUUCAAACCCAGCUUUCCCUGACUUUGAGUCUGGUGCCCUAUCCACUACUCUGUGCUGCUUUAUAAACUAUGCUUCCUCUCUAGUUGUUUUUUUUUUAAACUAGCAAGGUCUUGGAGGCAUCUAUCUCCUUCCUUUUAAAGCUCCCUUGAUAGGCUGCCUGUUGCUAGAGCCCUAUCUGUUUGUCUUUUUCCAAGGACCUUGUUCUCUUACCUUUCCUUCAACAGCUUGGAAAUAAUGAACCUGGAUCAUUGGGUUUCAUGGGGUACUAGUGGGGGUGGUGGCUAUGGCCUGGAGUCACCCGGGGAGAAAUACAAGAGGCUAAGUGACAAGAGGAAAGGAACGGAAGAAGAUCUGCCUCUUGUGGUUCCCUGCCCCACGUCCCCUUGCCCCCAUUCCACAGCUUUUGUAACCUCUAGUUGCAAGCUCAGUUUCACAUCUUCAAAGCCCCAUUUCGCAAUUAAACAAUGGAUCUCAUUUGGGUGUGAGGCUGUGAGUGUGUUAAUGGGGAGGAGGAAAUGGGUGAGAACAGACUGGUGGGUUGAUGUGUUAAGAGUGGGAGGUUUUGUGGUGGUGAAAAGGGCUCCAAGUGUGGGGGCAGGGGAUCCCAAUUCAACCCAGGCCAAAGCAAACCCUCUCCCCUCCAGUGAACCUCGAAGGACGCAGGCCAGGGCUCUUCUUGUAUUUCAAAUUCUGAAUUUAUUUCUGAUGUCUAACCUGGAUUCACAUCCAAGUUCACAAAGAUGCAGAACAAGGAGAUGAGACAUCUGGAACUGGGGGACCGAGGAGGACAGGACUGAGGCCCUGCGGUGGUCCCCAGGUCUUUUCUACUCAUUUAGGAACUGGCUUGAAAAGUGUAAAAAAUAUUUGCGGAGGAAUUGAGCAGAAUUCUUUAGCUCAUCUGCACCAGGCCAAGAGGAUCCUGGCCUUUUAGUAAGCUGAGUGGAGGCAAAGGAGGGAUGCUCUGGGAGAUGUGGGCAGAGGCGAGGGUGGGCCUGUGCAUGUAUGUGGGGGCACCUGGAUUAAGCUGGUCAUGCUAAUAGGAGGAACAAACAAGCACUUCAUGGUUUAUGGCCCAGAAAAGGUCCCAGAUAAAUUUUGGAGGUGGAAAGCCACAAGGAAGAGUCCCAUAUGUUUAUACAGCGUCAUGUUUUAGGUGCAUCAUCUGGGAGUUUUUUUCCUCAAAGGCAAGAAGAAAAUAUCGAGCGGUUCCUUGACUGGGGGAUGGGAGGACAGGACUACAGAAUGAACAAGACCCUGGUUCUAGUUGGUCAGAGGCUAUUAAGCACUGAUUGUCCCAGUGGCUGAUGUGAGGGAGCGCAGGGCUGGAUAUGUCUGUUAAAGGCGCUCACUUUAGCUGGUUCACACCAGGGGCAGACUAAAUGUGGAGACUCCCAGAGAGAGUGAUGUUUCAGAGUUAAGGUGAAGAACAUUACUAUCUAUAAUUAGCGGGAAAGUCAGGACAUUUCUAUUUCACGUAGGAAUUAAGGAUCUCACCAGAUUUAUCUUAUUGUUUUCUGCUCCCAAACAACACAGGGACCAGCUGAUUGUGUCAAUCAACACAAUUAACAAGAAAUGUCAUUUUAAUCUGAAAAUAUUUAUCAGGUGCCAAGGAAGAAUUUCAGAGAAGAAAAACCUUUUCCUUUUAAAAUGACAAAAUAAAUACGCCUCCCACAGAGUGGAAAUGCUAUCUGGGCCCUCCUCUUCAGCAUUUGCAUCCCGUGGCAAAAGGAGUUCGAGGUUUCUGCCAUUUUUCUUUUUAUUAAAUUGACGGCACUGGACACUGCCCCCACUUCUGAUAACAUAUGGAUUGGGUGAGGUGGGGGCAUAAGAAGUGGGUGUUCAAUAAAAGUGUGAAAUGAAUUGAACUGAAUGAAAUACACAGCAGGGACCUCAGUCAUUCCUUAGUCUGAAGGUAUUCGUAAAAUUUCUCAGGGGUAUCUGCUCUAAAAACACAAGGCCAGUGACAAGGGGUGAACCAGCCUGGAGAUUGCCUCCAGGGCUCAGUGAGAAAACAAGAAAUGGUGAUGUCGCAAAGAGAGGGAGAUUAUGACUGUUGUGUUAGGCUGUGAAGUCUAAUUGCUCAAUGAAUUGAUGUCCUUAGAGUGUUUUGCCAGGUGUGGUGCUGGUCUCAGGGCCUGCCACCUCCGCCUUCCUGGCUGGCAAGUGUGGGUCAAAGGUCCGUAAGUGGUGACAGCUGGUAGUAUUGCAGGAGUGAUGGCUUGUUCCUCUGCUUGUGCUAUCACAGUGGGUUGCUAUGGGGAUCGAUCUACCUCAGUCACUCAACUCGAAUGCGAACUGGAAGUCGCAUGUUGGAGACUGUGAGAUUAUCUCUGUGCACAUCACAGCCUCUUGAAGGAGAUGGUAGCAGAUGUUGUUUGACCUUUUGGUGACUGCUAUGCAUACAUGGGGCUACAGGUCUUUUUUUUUUUUUUUUUUGGUGAGGCAAUUGGGGUUAAGUGACUUGCCCAGGGUCACACAGCUACUAAGUGUUAAGUGUCUGAGGCCAGAU